AUAACGACUUCCUGUUGGCGGCGGAAAUCAACCUGAAACCCGGAAGUAGAGAAAAUUCCAAACAAAUCGGGCGGUAAAGAUGGAGUCCGUACAGACCCAAACUUCCCAGGAUAAAGACCCAGAUCAGGAAUACAGAGUUCGGCUGAGGUCCAAGGGGAAAGCCACCGAACUGAUGAACAGUUGUUCGGAGGUUUUACGGAGCGCUUUGGACGGACAGCCGGAGCUUCCCGAGGAGACCAGGAGAGUUUUACUGGAGGAGCUGCUGGCCAAUUUUGAAGCAGCUGUCAGGCUCAAUGUGUUGGUUGGUGGACAGCCCUGGGACGAGGCUCCAGAUCUAGAAGGUGAAGAGGUUGUGGACCUGGAUGGCCUUCUGGACGACACCAUACUUGAGACCACCGGGAAGCGCUAUUCAUACCCUAAAAGGAUCCUUUCUCAUGUGGUUCACGCCCUGAAGGCUGAACGGAAAAUCCUGGGUUUAUAUGAGACAUCAGUUCUGCCUGAAGACAUCCAGAAAGAUCCAGAUCAAGAGAACAUCAUGAACGAUGUGUCUGCGGCAGCUCCUGGGAUGGUCAAGCAGGCCAUCCAGGUGAUAAAGUCCAUCGGCACUCUGCACAAGCAGGCAGAAGAUCUCUGUGAGAUCCUCCAUAUGAAACCCAGCUCCACCUCUCUGCAGAUCCACAGAGAGGUGCUCGGCGCUACCGCCCAGUUAGACGCUCUGCCUCCUGCGGGGGGCGCUGUGAGAACCAGGCAGCUUAUUAAGAGAGCUGUGGAGGAAGCUGCGGCGGCAGAGGGUUACGUGCCCGACACCAAGAAACCAGAGCGAAGCGUGGGAGAGGAUGAAACCGAGUGACACUUCCUGUUCUGAAGACCACAAAACCACAGCGAGAACAGCCGGGUCAAUUUAUGGUCCAGAGCAGCAGAGGAGGAUGUUUAGGAAUCAGAAGUUCCUGAACAUCGUUCUUCAAGAACUUCUAGAGACUGAAAACAGCUGAGAUUCUCCUGAAUGUGUUCAACAUCUAAACCAACUGUUUCUGUCCGAGGGGGGAAGGUUCCAGAUGUUCAGAGGGCUGAAGAAGAAGACCUUCGUUUUUCCGCUGCUGUAACCUUUGGAAGGUUUUACUCUAAUCUAAGAUCAAACCUUCAGGAUUGAAAUAAAUUUCCCAUCAGAAAUGAA